CAAACUUCGUUAAGUUUGACGAAGUUAGUGGAAUCUCGGGCACGUUUGCUUCGGGGACUGGAUGUAGGCAUUAGGCCGAACCAGGAUACAUCGUGUGUUGCUCCUUCUCUUCAUCUUUGUCUUGUGGUUGAUUUACUCCUGCAAAUUUUUUUUAUUCUUCCAAAAGUUUUGUCUUUUGAAGAACACCUCUAUUCACCCCCCCUCUAGAGGUGCAUAAGUUGUUCAACAAUUGGUAUCAGAGCGUGGCUGCAUUUCCAAAGCUUUACCGCCAGAAAUCUAGAUCAUGGCCGGAAGAACAUUCCAAGCCGAUGUAUCCGAAGGACAAUCUACUACACGUCCUCCAUUCUUUGAUGGUACAAAUUAUGCAUAUUGGAAGGAAAGAAUGAGGAUAUUCAUACAAUCAAAUGAUUUCGACUCAUGGAUGGUAAUCAAGCAUGGAAACACUACCCCUGCAAAUAUUGUUGAUGGAAUUCGUGUUCCCAAGUUGGAAUCCGAAUAUGAUGAUCAAGACAAGAAAAAUGUCAUGCAAAAUGCCAAAGCCAUCAACUAUCUUUAUUGUGCAGUCAACCCUGAUGAUUAUAGGAAGAUAUCAAGAUGCAAAUGCGCCAAUGAGAUGUGGACUAAACUCGAAGUCACUUAUGAAGGUACAUCUCAAGUUAAAGAUGCUAAAGUUGAUAUCUUAUUGCAUGAAUACGAAUUAUUCUCAAUGAAGGAGAAUGAAAGCAUUGAUAGUUAUUUUGAGAGAUUCUCUACAAUCAUCAAUAAUCUUGACACGCUCGGAAAGUAUUACACCGAUCAUGAGCUUGUCCGGAAAAUUCUGCGUUAUGCACCACUUCUGUUUUGGAGGAAAUCUAUAGCAUUGAAAGCCACCAAGGAAGUUGUAGAGGAAAAUGAAGAAGAUGAUGAUGAAUCACUUAAUUUAGAAGAUAAUCCCGAACUUGCUCUUAUCAUCAAACGCUUCAACAAAUUUAUCAAGAAAAGCUUCAAGCCAAGAAGAGACAAUGGUAAGAAAGCUACACCACCUAAAUGCUAUGAAUGUGGAGAGAUAGGGCACAUCAAGCCUUAUUGUCCUAAGUUGAAGCAAGGGAAGGACAAGAAGUUCAAGAAGAAGCAAAAAGCAUACAUCUCAUGGGAGAGUGAUCAUUCAUCUUCCGAAACAAGUGAUGAGGUUGAAGAAACAUCAAAUCUUUGUCUAAUGGCUACCGAGGAAGAGGUAUCUUCUAAUUCUUUUUCAACUCCUUUAUCGUCUUCGAGUGAUUGCUUUUCAUUGGAUGAUUUACAUAGUGCAUUUAGUGAUCUCUAUGGUGAAUUUCUCAAAUCCACCAAAGAAACUAAGCUUGCCAAAGAAAAUGUCACAUCUUUAGAAGCUCAAAUAAUUGAACUUAAUAAGGAGAUGGAUUUAUUGAAACUUGAAAAUAAGAAACUUGGCAAGCUCGAAAGGCCAAAAUAACUUUCGUUUUUGACCUAAGGGUUCCGCUGGUCAACCCCCUUUUCCGUCCAACCCAACCCCAAACAUCCAAAAGUAUUUUAUUUCCUUUUGAUAUCCAAAAUAAAGUCUCUUCUAUCUAUUUUAAUCCCUGGUCACAAUAGGAAACCAAAACAGCCCCAUUCAUCUUCCAACAUCCACCCAACAUGGUCCCUACUAUGUUCCCUAGUACAACCCACUAAACAACCAUAAAAGUCCAGGAGAAAC